UAAAAAUCGUUCAAAUACAGAAACGGAGGAAGCCGAAGGCGACGGAGCUUCGCUUUUACCGUGCUAGCGACGGUGACCGUCUGUGGAACGUAAAGCAUACAAACUGUUCAACAAAAUUCCUCAGCGGUGAGUGUCUGGGGUUUCAUGUGAUUGCUCAUUCAUAGUUUCCACCGCCGGGUUCUGAAUCUUAGGGAAGGUACCGAUGUUCUAUCUUAGCCUUAUUAAGCACAAGCUACGGUUGCCUCCUCAUCUUCUUAGCCUUCCACUCGAAGAUGCCAUCAAGUCGGUGCUUCAAGAUAUGUUCUUAGAUAAGGUUAUUGCAAAUUUGGGGCUUUGUAUUUCUGUUUAUGACAUCAGAGGCAUUAAAGGUGGCAUUAUCUUUCCUGGAGAUGGUGCUUCCACAUAUACGGUGAAGUUCAGGUUGCUUGUGUUUCGUCCAUUUGUGGGAGAGAUCAUUUCUGCUAAACUAAAAGAAGCGGAUGCUAAUGGUUUACGCUUGUCCGUUGGAUUUUUUGAUGACAUUUAUGUACCUGUUCAUCUUUUGCCAAACCCAUCUCGCUUUGAGCCUGACCCACAUAAUGGGUACCAACCGAUGUGGACGUGGGAAUUUGAUGGUGAAAAGUUACCUAUUGAUGAGACAGAUGAGAUUAGGUUCAGAGUUCACGGGGUGAACUAUCCUUCAAUUCCACUUGAGCAACCUGAAUCUUCAAAGCAAUUUGCACCUAUGGUCAUUACUGGAUCUCUUGAUUAUGAUGGUCUUGGCCCCAUCUCAUGGUGGCAACAAGCAGAGGAGGUUAAUGAAGAAGCUUCAUGAUCUUCAGCUUUCAAAUAGGGAUUGUCUCUGUAGAAUGUUUUCACUUUUCAGUCCAUAUAUUGGAAAGUGCGGUUAAUUUCUCUCCUCUUAUAUACUCAAUAGAAACCACCAAUUUUUGGUGGGAUAAGGUUAACUUGGAAAUUGCAUUGCCAAGUUUGAAAAUGUCUUGAAAAUUAAUUAUUUAUUUGUUCUUUCCUGUCAAUUUCUCUUCUCCGUACUUACCUUAUCCCACCAAAAAACGACCGAGAACUGUUGAAUGGUGGGGUGAGGCCGUUUUAGUUUUGGUAGGAGUAGAGUUUUGUUGUGUUUCUAGGAUGAGUGAAAAAAGUUUUAGUUUUGAUAUGAGUAGAUUUCUUUCCAUGAUCUAAGGAAGAUUUAGAGAAAGAGGAAUCUUAUCGAUUCCUUUCCUAAGUGGAGUUGGUCUUCCUUUUCCGAGCAGUUAUGCUCGUUGUUACAUCGAGGGGGCCUCUCGACCUCUCCUCAGAUGUAGCACCUUAUGUCGGCUUUUCGGAUACGUGGACCUCAUCGGUUCUAUCUUGGUUGGUAGCCGAAGAGGCUUUCUGGCUUUCUUAAUUUGGUGGGAAUUUGGUUUUGUAUUCAUAAUUUUUUA